AUGUCUAAGCAGGACCAGGAUUACAUGCGCCAGUGGGCCAGCGAGCAUGGCAAAGCCGUCAGACAGCUAUCGGUUCGUCAGAACAACACCAAACAUGCAGCAGGGACUCUUCCUCUAAACAUGUAUAGGAAAGAGCUACCCGUUGGCGACUGAGUCACCGAAGAACCCAGUUCAGCUGAUGAUAUUGGUGACCAGCUGUCAGAGUAUGAUUCUGACUCCAGCAACGAAGAAGACAGUGCAACCCACCAAGAAGACGCGGUCGAGGCUGUUCUUGUAA